CAAGCGGACACCUCUGCGCAAGACGCCAGGCUCAGACAGACCCCAAAUCUGCAGUUUGAACUUGCCCCGGUGGUCUGUGGGAAAUGUAGUGCCAGGUCCUCAAAACCCGGAUGUCGGGAAGGCGGUGUCUAGCCCGCGGCCCCAGAAACGGGUCGCGGAGACCCCUGGGAGAGCCCGACCCCGCCGGGCCGCGCAGGCGAGCGCUGCCAGCCAGCGGUGGAAGACGCUGCCUUCUGGAACGUCCACAUACGUUUCCAUUCUCAUGUGUACAGCCCGUUUUGCUGCCGUCUCCUGGUUCUGGACACGCAGGACCACCUGUUUGGGUGCCCUUCCUUACCCCAUAAGUCGUCUUGGACAGGAUCUGACCUAACCCAAGCAGCCACCACCCUUGGGGUCUUCAUCCAGUGUUGAGGCACUGCCCUGCUCUACCCCUUUUCUGAAGAGGACCCAAAUGAAAGCCUGGUCUUCUGGUACAGCUCUCACAACCAUGGCUCAGGGAGCUGUGUCUCUCAAGGAUGUGACCGUGGACUUUAGUCAGGAGGAGUGGCAGCGCCUAGACUCUGCUCAGAAGACUCUGUAUAUGGAUGUGAUGUUGGAAAACUACGGCCACCUGCUCUCCACAGGCUGCGACGUGUCUAACCCCGAGGUCAUCCUCAGAUUGGAGCGAGGAGAAGAACCGUGGACAUCAUUUGCAGAGCAUGUCUGCUCAGAAGAAAACUGGAAAUCAAGAAAGGUUUUCACAAAAUUCAAGGAACACCAAGAGAAGUACUCAAGAUCAUUUGUAUAUAUUAACUAUAAAGAGCUGACUGAAGACAAAAGUAGUAUCUGUCAAAAGACAUUUACUCUAGUGACGAAGCCUGUUAAUUCCAAAGAGCUUCCUCCUAAAUAUGGCACUCAUGGAAAUAUUUUAGAGAAUGUUUCAGACUUAAUCAACAGUAACCUAAGCCUUGCAAGAAAGAGAUUUAAUGAGUAUGAUGGAUACGCAAAACCACACCCAAAUUCCAUGCCAGCCGACAAAUCCUGUACUCGAACUGGCAAGGCUUGCAGUCACAGCGACAUACUUGUGCAACCUGAGAAGGCAGUAACUCCAGCACAGUCAUUUGGAUACAAUGACUCUGACAAGUUAUGUCUUAGAAAGGGAAGCUCAGUUACCCUCAAUAGAGCAUACAGAGGGGAAAACAUUUCUGUAUGUAACAGAAAGAAAAGAGCAGCAAAUACUGAAAAGAAACAUACGUGCCCUGAAUGUGGGAAAGCCUUCUGCAGGAAGUCAGUAUUGAUUCUGCACCUGGCAAUUCACACAGAGGCAAAACCUUAUCAAUGUCAUCAGUGUGGACAUGCAUUUAGAAGGAAGUCCUACCUCACUGACCAUCAGAGAACUCACACGGGAGAAAAACCCUUUGUUUGUACUGAGUGUGGUAAGUCCUUCCGUCUAAAGACAGCCCUCACUGACCACCAGAGGACACACACAGGAGAGAAGUCCUACGAAUGUCCACAGUGUAAGAAUGCCUUCCGAUUAAAGUCACACCUUAUUCGUCAUCAGAGAACUCACACGGGAGAAAAACCGUAUGAGUGUAACGAGUGUGGGAAAUCUUUCCGCCAAAAGACAACUCUCUCUCUCCACCAGAGAAUCCAUACUGGGGAGAAACCCUAUAUUUGCAAAGAAUGUGGGAAAUCAUUCCACCAAAAAGCAAACCUCACUGUCCACCAGAGGACUCAUACAGGAGAGAAGCCCUAUAUUUGUAAUGAGUGUGGGAAAUCAUUCUCCCAGAAAACAACACUUGCUCUUCAUGAGAAAACCCAUAACCAGGAGAAGCCCUAUGUGUGUAAUGACUGUGGAAAGAGUUUCCGCCAGAAAACAACUCUUGUGGCACACCAGAGGACACAUACAGGGGAGAAAUCUUACGAAUGUCCUCAUUGUGGGAAGGCCUUUAGAAUGAAAUCAUACCUCAUUGAUCAUCACAGAACUCACACAGGAGAAAAGCCGUAUGAAUGCAGUGAGUGUGGGAAAUCAUUCAGCCAGAAAACAAAUCUCAAUCUACACCAGAGGAUUCAUACUGGGGAGAAACCCUAUGUUUGUAGUGAGUGUGGGAAGUCCUUUCGCCAAAAAGCAACCCUCACUGUACAUGAGAAAAUACAUACAGGGCAGAAGUCCUAUGAGUGUCCUCAGUGUGGAAAGGCUUUCAGCAGGAAGUCCUACCUCAUUCAUCAUCAAAGAACUCAUACAGGAGAGAAACCUUAUAAAUGCAAUGAAUGUGGAAAGAGCUUUCGACAGAAAACAAAUCUCAUUGUUCAUCAAAGAACUCACACGGGUGAGAAGCCCUAUGCAUGUAAGGACUGUGGCAAGUCCUUUAGCUAUAAAAGGAACCUCAUUGUCCAUCAAAAACUUCAUAGCGAAAAUACAGAUAUACAAUAAAAGAGGAAAGCAG